UUUCUUUGUACUAAACCUAUUGCAAUUAGCGCCACUAUGCCGGGAAAGACGCCCAACGUUGUAUUGUUUUGCUGUUUGUACAAUGUUGGAUGAUACUGCGACUGCUCAGGCUUUACCAAAUAACUUACUUUUCUACAAGCCCGUAAAAUUAGUAAAAAGAAAUAGAGUAAGAAUUUGUUUGCCGGCUCAAACGAAUAAGGUCGAGAUGCCACUAUUUGGAUAUUUCCCUAAUUACAUCACUGAUCUUGUCGCAGUGAAUGAUUGUAAAUAGCAGGAAGUAGUGAUAUCUUCGUUCUUCUCGUCGUUGUAUAUAUUGGGUAUUAGGUUUUUCUAGGAUUAUCUAUCUGAUUUCUCUCAAGUAUUUUUGUUGCAAGAUGGUCUUUUGCACCUGCGCUGGGAGAAGUUCAGGUCUGUGUGUCGCACAGGAGAAGGCGUAACAACCUUUUAGGAAAAUAAUCUGUUCUUUAUGGAUUUUGUGGUAUGUCGCAAGUAUGUGAUUUGUCUCUAAAGACGUUUUCACGCGUGGUUAGUCAGUCAUUUGAAACAAUUCGUUUGAAAUAUGUAAAGCUAUUACGCGGUAAUUGAACUAGAAAUUUAUCACCGGAGUGGCUUGUGAACAGCUAUAAAAAACAAAAACAUUUUUUCUUCAUUAUACUAGCGCUGAAACUCUGUGCAUCUAGAUGAUUGCGAAAUCGAGAUCCAGCAGAGAGUGAAAGAAAAACAAAAAAUUCGCAUGGAGUGCAGUAAACAGUUGGAAAUUCCAUUAAACGAAAGAGAGAAUUAGUAUUGAGAAAACAACUGGAUUUCGGAUUUCCGUACACGCGGUUUAAAUCACACGAGGUUAGGCAAAGAUUUCGCGAUGCUCUCUGGCUAGCGGUUCACCGCAGUUGCUUCAAUUAACCCUGGAGCGAUUUAGAGAUUGGAAGAGCAAGUAAAUAUCCCCAAGGAUGUCGACGGCUACGCAGCAAACUACCAGUACGUACGCGGCGAAAUGUCGCUACCGAAAUAGUCAAAUUGGAAGAAUAAGCCUUUGCCAUACCAGCAACCAAACGGUUCAACCUGAAGGCUUUUUAUCAAGUCAAGAGGAUAAGAUCACAGGAAUGAAAUUGCCUUUGAUACAAGUCGAGGAAGGCGAAGAAGGAGAGUUAUUUGUGGCAAAGGAGCAAGAGAUUAUUUACGACUGUAGUCGUUUAAGUCCGGCUAAUACAUUGGACGCCGCAGUAGCGCAAAACAAUUCGGAACUUCUAAAAAGAAUUCUAACAUCUACAGCGACAGUCACUUUAGAUGGGUUGAAUGCGAGUGGUGGAUCACCCAUUCACGAGGCAGCCUUCCAGGGCAAGUUAUCCUGCCUUAAAGUCUUCUUAAAGUUCGGCGCGGAUCCUAAUAUGCGUGAUAAGGAAGGUUGGACGCCGCUGCAUGCCGCUAUUUGUGGCGGGGAUCCUGAUUCCGUAGCAGAGCUUUUACGGUUCGGAGCGAACGUUAACUUGGCUGCUAAUGACGGUGUUAAACCCAUAGAAAUGGCUAUUCAGUGCGGGGAUGAGAGAGUGAUUAAACUUCUUUCCAGUAAUAAACCACGGCUUGAUAAUAACUUCAAGGAAAAAGACGGAACUGCACCGCUUGCGGGCGAAGAAAACUUUUCGUCAAAUAUUCUUGACUACAUAUAAUUCAUCCAAAAAAAUGCGGGGGAUAAAGUUUAUAUUAUAGGCUCUUGAUUUAUUUAUGCUAUAUUCAUGGUUCAAAACAAUGAUUUUUAUUAUUUCUCUGGUGAUUCAUAAUUUAUCACGUAUUACUUGCAGACGUACAGCUGAUAGGUUUUGAAUUCACUCAUUAUGAAAUAAUUAAAAACGAAAGGAUUCGUGACAAAUGUCUAUUGGGAUCGCCCCAAGGAACUGCCAAGUGAAAGAUGGAAUAACAAACAAACAAACUACAUACAACACGUGACCCGACGGUCGGUAGUUUGAAUAUUUUCAAGAAAAGCAUUACCGUGACACUCAAUCGAUCGAGAUUGAAGUAUUUUUUAAAACAAAUUGCAUAUUAUUUUAUAAAUAAAGAUAAUGUUUUUCA